CGUCUUAUAAUCGACUUUUCGUCUUCCUACUAGCCGAAGCUACCCUGCCAAAGCAGUUAGAAUCGCCUUAUCCCCCGGAAUCGCCACACACUUUCUUCCUCCUCUCUACCGCCUGAAUGGCUCACGCUCCCGCAUCAGCCGAAUUCAUGUCUGCAACAGGCGACCGGCCGGCUGCGCGCCGCGCCCCGGAUACGACUUCGUACCCGACGUCCCGCGAGACGGGUGAUAUCAUCCCCGACACAAAACAGAACCCGGCCGUGGGGGGUGAGAAGGAAUCACCAUUCGCAAAGUCAUGGGUACACUUUGUUGCUGGAGGAGUCGGAGGCAUGACGGCCGCAACACUCACAGCACCACUCGACGUCCUCAAGACCCGCCUCCAAUCCGACUUUUACCAAGCACAGCUCCGCGCCUCCCACGCCGCCCGCGCCCAGGCUGUCGGCACCCUCUCCCCUUACCGCGCCGCCCUCUUCCACCUCCGCGAGACCUUCCAGAUCCUGGGGUCUGUCUACAAGAUCGAGGGCCCCCGCGCGCUCUUCAAGGGCCUCGGUCCGAACCUCAUUGGCGUCAUCCCCGCGAGGAGCAUAAACUUUUACACCUACGGCAACGGCAAGCGCCUUAUUGCGGAAUACGUUAAUGGCGGCGAGGAAGGGGCGGGCGUUCACCUCGCGGCGGGCGUGCUGGCCGGUGUGACGACGAGCACGGCGACGAACCCCAUCUGGCUCGUAAAGACGCGUCUGCAGCUCGACAAGAACGUGGCGGAGAAGAGCGGCGGCGUGCAGCAGAGGCAGUACCGCAACAGCUGGGACUGCAUCAAGCAGGUGCUGCGGACCGAGGGCGUCCGGGGCAUGUACAAGGGCAUGAGCGCGAGUUACCUCGGCGUGGCGGAGAGCACGCUGCAGUGGGUGCUGUACGAGAACCUCAAGAACAGGCUGGCGGCGCGCGAGGAGCGCAUUGUCGCGAGCGGAAGGGAAAAGACGUUCUGGGACCGGACGGUGGAUUGGAUGGGAAAUGCGGGUGCUGCUGGCGGCGCCAAGUUGGUUGCUGCCAUUCUUGCCUACCCUCACGAGGUCGCGCGAACAAGACUACGACAGGCGCCCCUGGCCAACGGACAGCUCAAGUACACGGGUCUCUGGCAGUGCUUCCGUGUCGUCUGGAUCGAGGAGGGCUUCAUGGGCCUGUACGGCGGUCUCACGCCGCACCUGAUGCGCACCGUCCCCAGCGCGGCCAUCAUGUUUGGCAUGUACGAGGGCAUACUGCGCCUCUUUGGCGCCUCCAGCAAGGCAAACGCGAGCUUGUAAGAAGUCUCGUCAUGCCCUGCUGAUGGGGAUAUUCCCAAACAACGACCACCAACAACACCAAAACGAGUUCUCUCUACACGCCAGCGACGAUGAUACCAGACCUGCCCGAACUCCUCUUUGGAUGUAACAAUCUAUUGUACUAUAAUACACAUAAACACAACAACCCUCACGAACAAAACGAUCGACGCAAAAGAACCAUCGCAGCUCUGGGAAACAAACGGAACGGAUUGGAUUCAACGGAUCAAGGGACGAAGGGCUU